GAUAUCAUUGAUUGAGCAUAUCAACGUCAAGUUCUUAAUCUCAAGAAAUCUUUGAUUUUUUGGGCCUAAACACAUUUGUUUAUGAUUCUGUUCAUGUCUUGUUGAUAUGUUCAACGAUCAGUAGCUUACUGGUAUGACUGAGAAUGUAUUGUGUAAAAAUGCAGGAGUCACUAGGACAUGGGUGCUUUUCAUUGUCAAAGACUGAAGCAAGUACUGUAGGUGUUGGAGAUUUAUGUUACUUCUCAACCUACUCGUAUUUCAGGUAUCAUCAAGAAGAGAUUACUCUAAGGAACAUAGUCACAUAUGUGGCAGCAUACUUUUUAGGCUAUGGCCAGGGGCGGACUGGGACCAAAAAUCGGCCCUGGCAUUUCUAACACACCAGACCAUUUUUUCCCCCUUGAGGCCCCCCAAUUUCUACUCCAGGUCCCCACACAGGCCCAUUUUUUUCUUUGAGGCCCCAAGGGGCCAAAUAAUUAUCAUUUUGCAACAUCAAAAAGGUAGGCAAAAAAUUGACCAACCCAUCUGCUAUUUGCCCGAAAUGCCAGAUGCCCAGUCUGCCGCUGGCUAUGGCUCCCUUGUCAUGGAACAAUUCAUAGGUAUUUUCAUAGAAAUGACUAUUGUUUCUUGCACUGGUACCAAAUAAUGAUAUAUAUAUAUAUAUAUUUUAUACAAAUCAUUAUUUAUAUAAAAUUAUUAUGGAAAUUAGAAUAAAUGUCACCUUAAAAAACGUGUUUUUCAUUUUUCAGUGCAAAGAAGCUGUCGUUCGAGGCUAUUCCUUAAAAUAAUCUUCUGAGAAGGGAGUGUUCCAAAUUCAUAGAUGUAUGCCAUGAUGUGGCAACAAUUAGCGUUGCCUGCCAGGUCAAGAUGAAAAUAAGGUGGAAGGGUUUUUGAGCUGAAAUCAAAGGGAGAAUCUCAAUUGUAUCUCCUUGAUUCCUCGCGUCCGCUCCUCGCUUCAUUCUCAAAACCCAUUGGAUGUGAAAGUCAGAGGUCCCGCCCCUCUGACCUUCUCAUCCAAUGGGGUUUGAGAAGGAGGCGAUGAGAGAGGACGCGAGGAUAACGCGAUUGAGAGUUUUUCCAAGGAAAUGCAAUUGAUAUUCUCCCAAAGCAAAAUAUUUCUGUUUACAUUAUUUUAAAUGUAGUUGUCAAGUUGUCAGUUACAAAGCUCUAGUCAAAUGUUGACAUAUAGGCUAGGACUGGAGUAGGCUAAACACUUCAAACGUUUGCUCGCAGAGAUCUUGUUGUUCUGGUGGCCAGUAGAAAGUGAAAGUAAAAGUAUCCAUGUAUUUUACUGUAACGUGUAACCAGCUGCAUGAAAACAAGCGAAGACGAUGGAUAAACACAAUUGAGAUACUGCUGUAACUCUACCUAUUGGCCAUGGCUCGUUUAAAAACAUAUGGGUUGGUUCUUCUCUAUGACCUAGUGCUGUGGGGGGCACUGUGGACUGGGUUAGUGCUACUUGAGUUCUCCAGUAGUGGAGGACUGGUGGGGUUAUGGGCCUUUGGAGCCCUAAGGUGGGUAUUGCACCAUUCAAUCAACCUGGUGCUCACUGAUGGAAAGCCACAGCCAGUGCUGAGGAGAUGGGUGGCAGUGCUCUGCCUCUUGCCUCCUGUGUUUGAAAGUGGACAGAUGGUCAUGUUGCCGGCACUGACUGCCGACAACCUGGGUCCGGUGCCUGACCCAAGCAUGGUGGUCUUGGCCCUGGUAUCCUCCACUGUGGCCUGCCUGGCAUGGGAGCUGGGCUUCCCUGAUGAUGGAGGGAACCAGGGGAAGGAGAAGGAGAAGAAACAGGAGGCCAGGGCACUGUUGAUGAGGAUGGUGCGAUACUGCAGACCAGAUGCCCUCUACCUGGCUGCAGCCUUCCUCUUCCUCAGCCUUGCUGUCAUCUGUGAGACCUUUAUCCCUUACUACCAGGGGAAGGUCAUUGAUACGCUGAGUGGUCAGUACCAGCACAACAGCUUCAUGUAUGCCAUUGGAGGCAUGGGACUCGUCUCACUAGGAAGUGCUCUGUGCUCAGGCCUGCGAGGGGGCUUGUUCAUGUGCAGCCUAUCCAGACUCAACAAGAGGAUGAGACACAUGCUGUUUCACAACCUGGUGCAACAGGACAUACACUUCUUUGAGGAGAACAAACCAGGAAGCCUUGCCUCACGCCUGGGCCAUGAUGUGGACAAGAUGGGACGCUCUGUGGCUCUGAACAGCAACGUGCUGGUGCGCAGCCUGGUGAAGAUGGCUGGUAUGCUGGUCCUGAUGCUGGGCCUGUCCUGGCAGCUCACCCUGCUCACCAUGGUGGAGAUGCCCCUCCUCACCCUGCUGCAGACCAAAUAUAACACAUACAACCAGAAGUUCAUUAAGCAGCUGCAGGACUGCCAGGCCCAGACCAAGGAGCUGGCAUCCCAGGCCAUUGGGGCGGUGAGAACGGUUCGCAGCUUCAGAGCUGAGGAGAAAGAGCUGGAUAGGUACAACCAAGCACUGGAGAGGAUGUACAAGGUCCAGGAGCACAAGGGCAUCGUCAGUGCUGUCCAUCUUUUACUGAGAAGGAUGGUGACAGUGGGCCUGAAGGUGGCCAUGCUGUUCCUGUGUCGGAGGCUCAUCUCGUCUGGCCAGCUGAGCAUCGGCAGUGUGCUGGCUUUCGUCCUCUUCCAGAAAGACAUGGUGACCAAUAUGAAGCAACUUGUGUAUGUCUUUGGAGACACGCUGAGCACUGUCGGGGCGGCAGCCAAGGUGUUCACAUUUCUGGACAGAAAGCCCAAUCAGAAAGAAGCAGGAGAGCUGGCUCCUGCAAAGCUUCAGGGGAAACUUGCUUUCCACAAUGUUACCUUCUACUAUCCCUCACGCCCAGAUACACCUGCACUGAAGGCUGUGAGUCUGGACCUGCAUCCAGGGAAGAUGACAGCGCUGGUGGGGCCCUCUGGUUGCGGGAAGAGCUCCUGCGUCAGCCUGCUCGCGAGGUUGUAUGAGCCCAAGGAGGGCCAGGUGCUGCUGGAUGGACAGCCCCUGCACUGCUACCAGCACCAGUACCUGCAUCAGAAGAUGGCCCUGGUGUCCCAGGAACCAGUGCUCUUCUCUGGCUCUAUCAGAUACAACAUAGAGUACGGCCUCCUGGGAUGCACCCUGGAGAAGGUGAAAGAGGCCGCGAAGAGCGCCAACGUCCACAACUUUAUUUGUACGCUGGAACAGGGCUACAACACAGAUGUAGGUGAGUGUGGAGGGCAGCUGUCUUCUGGACAGAAGCAGUGCAUCGCCAUCGCCAGAGCUCUGGUUCGAGAGCCACUGGUCCUCAUCCUGGACGAGGCAACCAGCGGCAUGGACAUCAACACACAGCAUGCGGUGCAGGGCAUCCUGGCAGGCUCAGUGGGCCAGACAGUGUUGGUGGUGGCCCACCAGCUGCAGACUGUGGAGAAGGCUGACCACAUCAUCUUCAUGGAGGGUGGGGAGGUGGUGGAGCAAGGCACACACCAGGAGCUAAUGGCUAGCAAGGGGCGCUACCAUCGGCUCAAAGAGGAACUCUUUGAGGACUGAUUAGGAAUCACACAGCUGUCAGAGAGAGCGAGAGAGAGACACCAACACACACACACACACACACAGAAAACGGCACACUCUAUCAUUAGGCAGGUUUCCAUUGACCCAGGUUUAUUCGACAAAAGCAAUGUUGCAAAAAUAAUCUUUGUUGUGUGAAGUAAUUACGACCAGCUGUUUUAAUCGACACAACGACAUGGAACGACAUGGAUGUUAAAAACGACCAACCAAGCAUAUCCAAAAUGGUUAUAGAAUUAUUUUUAAAAAGAACACAGCCAUUGUCGGGUUCUGAGUAAAGUAGGCAAUUUAACAUGGGAGUAAAGGGAGUACCCUACGUCUGUAACCUACUCGGAGGUGUGGGCACGUUAAGCCACGCCUCGCCAUGUGUGUCUAUAGUUAAAUGGGAACGCACCCUAAGCAGGUAAUUGUCGCAUCUAUUCUCUAUGUGAACUUUGUAAAUGUCCCCCCAAAAAAUCACUGGGCAAGUUAAUGGAAACAUAGCUAAUUUAUUGUCCUAUCAUGAUGGAACGAUCCC